AUGGCAGAACUGUCGGCCAAAGCCCGGUUCCCCGCAGCCCCCAGCCCCCGGCACCGCGUCCUCCUGGACUUUCUGUUCCUGGACACGGAGUGUACCUACGACUACCUAUUCGUGUACGACGGGGACUCCCCCCAGGGGCCUUUGCUGGCCAGUCUGAGCGGCAGCACCCGCCCCGCCCCCAUCGAGGCAUCCUCGGGCAAGAUGCUGCUGCACCUCUUCAGUGAUGCCAACUACAACCUGCUGGGCUUCAACGCCUCGUUCCGCUUCUCGCUGUGCCCCGGGGGCUGCUCGGGCCGGGGACUGUGCCAGGACUCGGGCAUCUGCGCCUGCGACUCGGGCUGGGGAGGCCCGGCCUGCGCCCGCCAGGACUGCGCCGCUUACUGCUGGGAGCAUGGCACCUGUGCCUCGCCCGCGGGGCCGUGCCAGUGCGAGCCGGGCUUCCUGGGCCGGGCCUGCGACCUGCAUCUGUGGGAGAACCAGGGGGCUGGCUGGUGGCACAACGUCAGCGCCGGGGACCCCGCCUUCCCGCCCCGCCUGGGGGCCGCCGGCGCCUUCUUGGCCCCCCCGGGACUGCUCGCUGUCUUCGGAGGGCAGGACUUGAAUUCGGCUCUGGGCGACCUGGUGCUCUACAACUUCUCCGCCAACUCCUGGGAGCGGAGGGACCUCAGCCCAGCCCCGGCAGCCCGCCACUCCCACGUGGCCGUGGCUUGGGGGGAUUCUCUGGUGCUGAUGGGGGGCGAGCUGGCCGACGGCUCGCUGACCAGUGACGUCUGGGCCUUCAGCCCGCGGGGGCGGGGCCGCUGGGAGCAGCUGGCCCCGCCCUCCCCCGGCCCUCCCGGCCCCCCCGGGCUGGCGGGCCACGCCGCCGCCCUGGUGGACGGGGACUGGCUUUAUGUGUCCGGCGGCCGGACCCGGCACGACCUCUUCUCCUCCGGCCUCUUCCGCUUCCGGCUGGGGGCCGCCGGGGGCGUCCGCUGGGAGGCGGUCGUCCCGGCGGGGGGCCGGGCCCCGGCGGCCACCGGCCACUCCAUGGUGUUCCACCCGCCGUCCCGGGCCCUGGUGUUGUACGGCGGGCACCGCCCUUCCACCGCCCGGUUCUCCGUGCGGGUGAACUCCACGGAGCUUUUCCACGUGGACCUGCGGGUCUGGUCAUCCCUACGUGGGCGCGACGGGCAGCGGGGCCCGCGGGAACGAGCCUUUCACACCGCCAGCGUCCUUGGCAACUACAUGGUGGUGUACGGCGGGAACGUCCACACGCACUACCAGGAGGAGAAGUGCUACGAGGACGGGAUCUUCUUCUACCACCUGGGCUGUCACCAGUGGGUGUCGGGGGCCGAGCUGGCCCCCCCCGGGCACUCCCGAAGCCCCGGCUGCGGGUCCGGGGGCAGCGCCCGGGCCCUCGGCCGGGCAGUGCCCCCCGGAGGCCGUUACUCCCACGUGGCAGCCGUGUUGGGGGGCAGCGUGCUGCUGGUGGCCGGCGGGUAUAGCGGGCGGCCUCGCGGAGACCUCUUGGCCUACAAGGUGCCGCCCUUCGUGUUUCAGGCGCCCGCGCCCGACUACCACCUGGACUACUGCUCCAUGUAUACCGAGCACAGCGUCUGUGCCCGCGACCCCGAGUGCAGCUGGUGUCAGGGAGCCUGCCAGGCUGCGCCGCCCCCCGGAAGUCCCCCCGGCGCUUGCCCAGCGGCUAGCUGCCCGGGUCUGGCCCGGCUCCUGAGCGACUGCCAGUCCUGUCUGGCGUUCAGCAGCUCCUCACUACCGCCCCGCGGGCCUGGGGCCUUGGGCUGGUGCGUCCACAACGAGAGCUGUCUUCCCCGGCCGGAGCAGGCCCGAUGCCGCGGGGAACAGAUCUCGGGUACAGUGGGCUGGUGGGGCCCAGCCCCCGUCUUUGUCACCUCGCUGGAUGCCUGCCUCACCCACAGCUUCUUGCCGGGCUUGCACCUGCUCACCUUCCAGCAGCCGCCCAACGCCUCCCAGCCCGACAAGGUGUCGAUCGUCCGCAGCACGACCAUCACCCUGACCCCCGGCGCCGAGACGGACGUGUCCCUGGUGUACCGGGGCUUCAUCCACCCACUGCUGCCGGGGGGCCCGGGGGCGCCGGGCGGCGGGGACGACGUGGCUGAGGAGGUGGGCAGCUGGGCGGCCCAGCAGGAGAAGGAGACCCGGAGGUUGCAGCGUCCCGGCUCGGCCCGGCUCUUCCCUCUGCCCAGCCGCGGGCACAAGUACCGGGUGGAGAUCCAGGGCCAGCUCAACGGGUCUGCGGGCGCUGGUCACAGCGAGCUGACCCUGCUCUGGGACCGGACCGGCGUGCCCGGGGGCAGUGAGAUCUCCUUCUUCUUCCUGGAGCCGUUCCGCUCGGCACUGUGCCCCACCUACUCCUCGUGCCUGGGCUGCCUGGCCGACCAGGGCUGCGGCUGGUGCCCGCUCACCGCCUCGUGCCACCUGCGGCAGGAUGGAGCGCGCUGCGGGGGUGGGGCCGCCCUAUUGGUGCUGGCGCCCGCUCUCUGUCCACUCUGCGAGGAGCACCGUGACUGUCGCGCCUGUGCUCAGGAUCCAUUCUGCGAGUGGCACCUCAGCUUGAGCCGAAAGGGGGACGCCGUGUGCAGCCGACGGGGCCGGGCCCAGGGGGCCGUGCGGAGCCCCGACGACUGUCCCCCCCUCUGCAGCCACCAGUGCGCCUGGUGCCAGUCCACCAGCACCUGCUUCCUGUUCGCCGCGUAUCUGGCCCGCUACCCGCACGGGGGCUGCCGGGGCUGGGACGACAGCGUGCACUCGGAGCGGCGCUGCCAGACUUGUGCCCGCUUCUCCUCCUGCCGUGACUGCCUGCAGAACUUCGAGUGCGGCUGGUGCGGAAACCAGGACAACCCCACCCUGGGGAGGUGUCUGCAAGGGGAUUUCUCCGGACCACGGGGGACGGGCCCCGGAGAGGGUAGCUGCUCGGCCUGGCUCGGGGAGGCCCUGGGACUGCCGGCCGGGCUCCCCGCCCACUGGGCCUACGGGCAGUGCCCGGACGUGGACGAGUGCCGCCUGGGCCUGGCGCGCUGCCACCCGCGAGCAUCCUGCCGCAACACCCCCCACGGCUACGAGUGCCACUGCGAGCGCGGCUACCACGGCGAUGGCGUCUCCCACUGCAACCGCACUUUCGGGGACCCCACGGGGCCGAGCGGCUGCCGUCCCUGCCAAUGCCACGGCCACGGGGACCCCACGCGGGGCCACUGCCACAACCGGACCGGGGUCUGCUUCUGCCGGGACCACACGGAGGGAGCCCACUGCCAGCUGUGCGCCCCGGGCUACUACGGAGACCCCCGGGAUGGGGGCUUGUGCUUCCGGGAGUGCGGGGGCCGGGCCCUGCUCACCAACGUCUCCUCCGUGGCCUUGGGCUCGCGCCGGCCAGGCGGGACCGGGCCCGGCCUCUCCUACUGCGUCUGGGUGGUCUCGGCCUCGGAUGCCAUGGCUCCCUGCCCCCCGGGGUCCACCUGCCCCCCGCUCACCCUGACCUUCUCCCCCGACAGCAGCACCCCCUGCACGCUGAGCUACGUCCUGGCGUUUGACGGGCUCCCGCAAUUCCUGGACACGGGCGUCGUCCAGUCGGACCGCAGUCUCAUCGCCGCCUUCUGCGGGCAGCGGGGCCGGGCCCUGACCGUGCAAGCUCUGUCCGGGCUGCUGGUCCUGCACUGGGAGGCCAAUGGCUCCUCUUCGUGGGGCUUCAACGCGUCCAUCAGCUCGGGUUACUGCAGGGGAGACGCCGGGGGCUCCUGGGGCUGCCCCCCGCCUCAGGAGUGCGGCCCCGAAGGCUCUGCUCGCUGUCGCUGCCCUCCCGGCCGGGCUGGGCCUGCCUGCCGCCUGUCCCUAUGCCCCUCAAACUGCUCUGCCCAGGCCGGAGCCGGGGCCUGCAACCAAAGCCUGGGCCUGUGUGUCUGCGCCGAGGGCUACGGAGGGGCCGACUGUGCCACGAAGCUGGACGGAGGGCAGCUGGUGUGGGAGACUCUCAUCGACAGCCGCCUCGCUGCUGACACCGCGAGCCGAUUCCUCCACCGUCUGGGCCAUACGAUGGUCGAGGGGCCGGAGGCCACGCUCUGGAUGUUUGGAGGCCUGGGCCUGCCUCAGGGACUGCUGGGAAAUCUCUACAGAUACUCGGUUGGGGAGCGGCGCUGGACUCAGAUGCUGGCCGGCUCCGAGGACGGGGGGCCCGGCCCUGCCCCCCGCUCUUUCCACGCCGCGGCGUACGUGCCCGCCGGCCGGGGGGCCAUGUACCUCCUGGGGGGGCUCACAGCUGGAGGCGUCGCCCGGGACUUCUGGGUCCUCAACCUCACCACCCUGCAGUGGCGGCAGGAGAAGACUCCCCAGUCCCCUCUGCUCCCGGCCGUGGCUGGCCACACGCUGACCGCCCGGCGAGGCUCCUCCCUGCUCCUGGUCGGCGGCUACUCCCCGGAGAACGGCUUCAACCAGCAGCUGCUGGAGUACCAGCUGGCCACUGGCACCUGGACCACCGGGCCCCAGAGCGGCACCCCCCCGACUGGUCUCUACGGUCACUCGGCAGUGUACCACGAGCCCACCGAUUCCCUCUACGUCUUCGGGGGUUUCCGCUUCCACGUGGAGCUGGCGGCCCCGUCCCCCGAACUCUACUCCCUGCACUGCCCAGACCACACCUGGAGCCUGCUGGCCCCCUCCCAGGGGGCAAAGCCCGGCCCCCGCCUGUUCCACGCGGCGGCGCUCCUGGGGGACACCAUGGUGGUGCUGGGCGGCCGCGCCGAACCCGACGACUUCAGCGGCGACGUCCUGCUCUACCAGCUCAACUGCAAUGCUUGGAUGCUGCCCAAUCUCACCAGGCCGGCCUCGGUGGGCCCCCCGAUGGAGGAGUCGGUGGCCCACGCCGUGGCCGGGGUCGGGGGGCGGCUGUACGUGUCGGGGGGCUUCGGGGGAGUGGCGCUGGGCCGGCUGCUGGCCCUCACGCUGCCCUCCGACCCCUGCCGCCUGCUGCCCACCCCCGACGCCUGCAACCAGUCCGGGGCCGCUUGCACCUGGUGCCGCGGGGUCUGCCUGUCCGGGGAUCGGGCCCACAGGCUGGGCUGCGGGGGUCCCCCCUGCUCCCCGACCCCGCGCUCGGCCGAGGAGUGUCGCCGCCUACGCACCUGCAGCGAGUGUCUCGCCCGGCACCCCCGCUCCCUGCGCCCGGGGGAGGGGGAGGAGGCCUGGCCCCCGCGUUGCAAAUGGUGCACCAACUGCCCCGAGGGGGCCUGCAUCGGGCGGUCCGGCUCCUGCACCUCGGAGAACGACUGCCGCAUCAACCAGCGGGAGGUGUUCUGGGCCGGGAACUGCUCCGAGGUGGCGUGCGGGGCGGCCGACUGCGAGCAGUGCACCCGCGAGGGCAAGUGCAUGUGGACGCGCCAGUUCAAGCGCACGGGCGAGACGCGGCGCAUCCUCUCGGUCCAGCCCACCUACGACUGGACCUGCUUCAGCCACUCCCUGCUGAACGUGUCCCCGAUGCCCGUGGAGUCGUCGCCGCCCCUGCCCUGCCCCACCCCCUGCCACCGCCUGCCCACCUGCGUCGACUGCCUGGCGGCCAAGGGGGCCGACGGGGGCUGGCAGCACUGCGUGUGGAGCAGCAGCCUCCAGCAGUGUCUGAGUCCGUCCUUCGUGCCCCUGCGCUGCCUGGCGGGGGGCUGCGGGCGCCUGCUGCGGGGGACGGAGAGCUGCUCGCCCGACUGCGCCCUCGCCCCGCAGUGUGCCCUCUGCCUGCGCCGCCCCCACGGGGGCUGGUGCGCCUGGGGGGGCCCCGGCCAGGACGGGGGCGGCCGCUGCCUCCAGGGUGGGCUCAGUGGCCCCCAGCCAGGCCUCUCGUGCGGAGCUGGGGCGGGGGAGCCCGGGGCCUCCUGGGCCUUCCUGUCCUGUCCCCCCGAGGACGAGUGUGCCAACGGGCACCACGACUGCAACGAGACGCAGAACUGCCACGAUCGGCCCCACGGUUACGAGUGCAGCUGCAAGCGGGGCUACACCCGGGACAAUGCCACUGGGCUGUGCCGCCCGGUCUGCGCCCAGGGCUGCGUCAACGGCUCGUGCGUGGAGCCUGACCACUGUCGCUGCCACUUCGGCUUUGUCGGCCGCAACUGCUCCGCCGAGUGUCACUGUAACCGGCACAGCCAGUGCGCGGGGGCCGCUGCUCGGGACCAGUGUCUUCUGUGCCACAACAAUACCAUGGGCGCCCACUGCGAGCACUGCCGCCCCCUCUUCGUGGGUUCGGCCCUGGGGGGCGGGACCUGCCGCCCGUGCCGCGCCUUCUGUCGGGGGAACAGCGACGUGUGCGUCAGCCGGAAGGAGCUGGAGGCGGCGAGGAGGGAGCCCAGGGGGCACCCGCUGCAACCCGAGGCCAUCCUGAGCUGGGUGUCGGAGGGGCCGAGCGAGGAAGAGGCCGUGUGCGUCAACUGUCAGAACAACAGCUACGGGGAGAAGUGCGAGAGCUGCCUCAACGGUUACUUCCUGCUGGACGGCAAGUGCACCAAGUGCCAGUGCAACGGGCACGCCGACACGUGUAAUGAGCAGGAUGGCACGGGCUGCCCUUGCCAGAACAACACGGAGACGGGGGCCUGCCAGAGCAGCACACAGAACGACCGCCGCGACUGUUACAAGUACCAGUGCUCCAAGUGCCGGGAGUCGUUCCACGGGAGCCCGGUGGGCGGCCAGCAGUGUUACCGGCUGAUCUCGGUGGAGCAGGAGUGCUGCCUGGACCCGGCCUCGCAGGUCAACUGCUUCCACGAGCCCAAGCGCCGGGCCCUGGCCCGCGGCCGCACCGUCCUGUUCGGCGUCCAGCCCAAGUUCACCAACGUGGACAUCCGCCUGACCCUGGACGUGACCUUCGGCGCCGUGGACCUCUACGUCUCCACCUCCUACGACACGUUCGCCGUGCGCGUCGACCCGGACUCCGGGGUCCACUCGGUGCAGAUCCAGCCGCCGCCGGGGGCCGCCGAGCCCUCGCCCCCCGAGCCGCCGGGGCGGGUGCGGGAGGAGCGGCCCCGGGGCCUCAUCACCUACGUGACGGUCUGGGAGCCGGCCACGGUGCUGGUGGUCCGGGGGGUGCGGGACCGCCUGGUCAUCACCUACCCGCACGAGCGCCACGCCCUCAAGUCCAGCCGCUUCUACCUGCUGCUGCUGGGGGCCGGCGACGGCCACGGCGGGCCCGGCGCCAACGGCUCCACCGACUCGCAGGGCCUGCUCUUCUUCCGCCAGGACCAGGCCCACAUCGACCUGUUCGUCUUCUUCUCCGUCUUCUUCUCCUGCUUCUUCCUCUUCCUGUCGCUCUGCGUGCUGCUCUGGAAGGCCAAGCAGGCCCUGGACCUGCGGCGGGAGCAGCGGCGUCACCUGCAGGAGAUGACCAAGAUGGCCAGCCGGCCGUUCGCCAAGCCCACGGAGGACGGCAUGGCCGGGGUGGCCACCCUGCUGCUGCAGCUGCCGGGCGGGGCCCAGGCCCCCAACCGCGCCUGCCUGGGGUCCGCCCUGGUGACCCUCCGCCACCACCUGCAGGAGUACUGCGGGGGCGGGGGGGCCGGCGGCGGGGCCGGGGGGCACGGCCCCGGCGCCGGCCGCAAGGGGCUCCUGAGCCACGACAAUCUGACCAGCAUGUCGCUGUGA